AGGAGGGCGGCUGUGUCAGCAUGGAGUGCCUUUCCAUUCACGUUGGUCAGGCUGGCGUCCAGAUCAGGGACACAUGUUGGGAACUCUAUUGCCUGGAACAUGGAAUCCAGCCAGACGGCAUCAUUCCCGACAGGAGACAGGAUCCACUGGAAAAUGCUCAAACAGAACAAGUGAACGCGUCUUUCGAUACCUUCUUUUGCGAGACGAGAGCUGGGAAGCAUGUGCCCAGGGCACUCUUUGUGGACUUGGAACCAACUGGAUUUUUGAUUUUCCGAAGCUUUGGAGGCGGCACCGGGUCGGGCUUCACGUCCCUGUUGCUGGAGCGGCUGUCGCAGGAGUACGGCAGGAAGACGAGGCUGGAGUUCUCGGUGUUCCCGGCCCCCAGGGUCGCCGCGGCCGUGGUGGAGCGGUACAACGCCGUCCUCACCACGCACUCCACCCUGGAGCACGCGGACUGCGCCCUCCUGGUGGACAACGAGGCCGCCUACGACAUGUGCCGCCGCCAGCUGGGCGCCGAGCGCUCGUUCGCCAGCAUCGACGGGCUGAUGGCCCAGGCCGUGUCCGCCAUCACCGCGCCCCUCCGGUUUCAGGGGCCCUUGAACGUGGACCUAAUCGAGUUCCAGACCAACCUGGGGCCUUACCCGAGAAUACACUUCCCGGUGACAUCCUUCGUCCCCGUCGUGUCCGCUGACAGGGCCUUCCACGAGCAGCUCUCGGUCAAGGACAUCACCGCCGCCUGCUUCGGGCCCUCCAGCCACCUGGUCAGGUGCGACCCUCGGCGCGGGAGGUACAUGGCCUGCUGCCUGCUCUACCGAGGGGACGUGGUCCCCAAGGAGGUCAACGCCACCAUCGCAGCCGUGAAGUCCAGGAACUCUGUCCGGUUCGUGGACUGGUGCCCGACUGGCUUCAAGGUGGGCAUCAACCCCCGGCCGCCCGUGGUGGCGCCGGGAGGGGACCUGGCCCGGGUGCGGCGGGCCGUGUGCGGGCUGAGCAGCAGCACGGCCAUCGCGGAGGCCUGGGCCCGCCUGGGCCACAGGUUCGACCUCACGUUCGCCAAGAGGGCGAUUCUGCACUGGUACCUCCGGGAGGGCAUGGAGGAGGGCGAGUUCCCCGAGGCCCGGGAGGACCCGGCCACCCUGGAGCAGGAUUACCAGGAGGCGGGGCAGAGUCUGUCCCGCAGGGACGGCUGGUGGCAGUGACCAAGGUAGACUGUCGUGCCUCCUUUUCCAGCCGUUGCUCGCUCAGUGGGCAGAGCCCCCUGAUUGAUAGAAGAAGAACACAGCCAGGUCAGGCAAGGCCCAAGGUUCCACGCCAAGUGGGUCGGUACCAACAAGGGACACACGUUUCCUGCUCG